ACUGUGAGUAGGUAUUUUCGUAUUGUGCUGCGAGCCAUGUGCGAGAUAGCUCGAGAACUCAUUUACAUCAGGUCUACCAAUACACAUAGUAAGAUCACCAGCAAGAAAAACAAAUUUUAUCCAUAUUUCAAGGACUGUAUAGGAGCACUAGAUGGUACACACAUCAGGGCAAGUGUGCCAGCCAAGAAGGUGGAUAGGUUUAGAGGCCGCAAACCAUACCCCACACAGAAUGUAUUAGCUGCUGUUGACUUUGACCUUAGGUUCAUAUAUAUCCUAGCAGGUUGGGAGGGGUCAGCUCAUGAUUCCCUUGUGUUGCAAGAUGCACUGUCUCGACCAAAUGGCCUUAAAAUACCUGAAGGGAAGUUCUUUUUGGCUGAUGCUGGGUAUGCUGCUAGGCCGGGUAUAUUGCCGCCUUAUUGUCGUGUUCGGUACCACCUAAAAGAGUUCCGUGGCCCUCAAGGGCCACAUGGACCUCAAGGCCCAAAAUGCCCUAAAGAGCUUUUCAACUAUCGUCAUUCUUCACUUCGGACUACGAUUGAACGAGCUUUUGGUGCUUUGAAGAAUCGUUUCAAGAUUCUUAUGAAUAAGCCAUUCAUACCACUGAAAGCCCAAUCAAUGGUGGUUAUUGCUUGUUGUGCUCUUCAUAAUUGGAUACUUGAGAAUGGGUCUGAUGAAUUUGUCAACGAUGAGAAGACGUGGUACGCUCUCCUACCAAGGAGCAGCAACCGUGUCUCUGACCAAGGGGAUGAUGUACGUGAGUGGGCAGCCAAGCGUGAUAACAUCGCUCAGCAGAUGUGGAAUGACAGACACAAUGCGGAUGUUCAUGAUGUUUUGACUAGUGAAUGAAUUACUAGUCCCAUGGACUAUUAA